AUGGCAUCUGCCGGAAAGCCUCCACUGGAGGAUGCUCGUCGAACAACCGGUUCGCCGAAAAUGAAGAGCCGAGAGAAUGCGAAAGAGACUCUGUGUCGCAACGUGACGAUAUACGGGCGAUGCCGCUAUGAAGAUAAAGGCUGCGCUUUCAACCAUGACCCAACAAAACUGAACGCCAAUCAAUCGGACAGCAAGAAACGCUUCAAUGUAGACUCACCCAGUUUCACACCAUCUUUGCUCUCUGGAAAUGGCGUGGCUGGCCCAAAGAAGUCGACUGCGAUAUCCCCCAAAGCUGCCAGUGCAGCUCCCUUUCAGCCCCGAGGUGCCUCAUCACGAUCGAACACAAGUACGCCUGGACUGCGAGCAGAAGCAGGAGGAGAGUGGGCGGUGGCAGACGUCCAAGAAUUUGUCCCCCAAGGGUUCGAGCACGUGGCCUCUCUUCCAGGCAAUGGCAAUGGUGCCAUCACGUCCCCGAAUGCCUUUGAUCCCUUUGUGGCUGCCCCAUCUCCUAUGACCCCCGGAGCAGUCGGUUCUGUCUCGGCCAACCCUUACGCCCAUGACCCAGCUGCCAUGGGAGGCGCAUUCUUUGCGAACCAAGCUGGGUUCCAGCAGCCGGUCCAGUACCAUCUCUAUGCCCCCAUCGGCCCUCAUAAUCAGAACACUCUAGGAUAUCAGCGAAAUGUCCAUGAUCUCUUUCUUCCUAACGAUCUCCGUGAAGAACUGCAGAAGAAAUCUGCGGCUACCCUGCAGACCCUCCCCAACACCAACCUCCCUCCUCAAGUUGACUACUUCCACUCCCUUGUUCCGCUGGAUCUUAAUCAUCAGAAGAAUGCUGCGACCUUUGGCUACCCGAGCUGGAUCUACAAGGCACAGUCUAGCAAAGAUGGUGACUUUUAUGCCCUUCGGCGUCUUGAGGGUUUCCGCUUAACCAAUGAGAAGGCUAUCCGGUCGGUUCAGGCCUGGAAGCGUGUUUGCAGCGGAAGUGUGGUGACUGUCCAUGAUGCUUUCACCAGCCGGAGCUUCCAAGACAGCUCUUUGAUUGUUGUUACCGAUUACCAUCCCCUGUCCAAGACACUUGCAGAGCAGCAUCUGAGCGCUGGAGCCCGCUACCAAAACCGAGGCCAGAACGCUCCCAUUCCUGAGCAGGUGCUCUGGGGCUACAUGACUCAGAUCGCGAAUGCACUCAAGGCCAUUCACUCGCAGGGUCUUGCUGCCAGAGUUCUUGAGCCAGGCAAGGUCUUGCUUACCAGCAAGAAUCGCAUUCGCUUGAACGCCUGUGCUGUUCUGGAUGUGGUGCAGUUCGACUCCCAGCGGACUGUGGAUGACCUCCAGCGCCAGGAUCUGGUGAAUUUCGGACAAUUGAUUGUCACUCUGGGCGCCAACACCCCUACCGUCAUGCACAACCCUACCAAGGCCAUGGAGCAUUUCACCCGUGCUUACAGCCCGCAGAUGAAGAACUCUGUGUUCUGGCUGCUGAGUGGACUGCAAAAAGAUCAGGAGCGAACCAUCGAUACUUUUAUUACUGGAAUCUCAUCUCAGCUGAUGUCGACUUUUGACUCGGCUCUUCACAUGGAUGAUCAGCUUACCUUUGACCUCAGCCGCGAGCUGGAGAAUGGACGACUUGUGCGCCUGAUGGCCAAGCUCAACUUCGUCAACGAACGCCCUGAAUAUGAAUUGGACCGGCAGUGGUCUGAGACUGGAGAACGUUACUUCUUGAAGAUGUUCCGCGAUUUUGUUUUCCACCAGGUGGAUGCCCAAGGUGAUCCGGUGCUUGAUCUGGGACAUGUUUUGAUGUCCCUGAACAAGCUUGAUGCGGGAACUGAUGAGAGAAUCACUUUGAUCAGCCGUGACGAGCAAAACAUUUUCAUUGUUACUUACAAAGAGCUGAAGAAGAGUCUUGAGUCCUCCUUCCAGGCUCUCAUGAAAUCAGGAAGACGGAUGCAUUAG